AUGAACGUAAAGACUGAAAACUCAGAGAUCAGCCUGGAGAAGCUGGCGCUGCCGGGGAGAUUCCUGCUCCGCCUGCUGGACGCUGCUCUGCUGUCGGUUACUGACCUGCUGGCCAGGAUGUUAGGAAGCCGCCUGGUCAGACGACACUUCCACCUGCUGCUGUCGGCGCUGGUUCUGUUCGGUCCUCUGCUCAGUUUCUGGGUGUCAAAGUUCAGCAUCUUCGCUAACAGCAACCACUACCUGUACAGGAAGUUCCUGAAGUCCACCUGGGGUUGGACCUGCAUCUUCACAGGUUCUUACCUCCUCCUGCUCCUCCUCUCCUCCUCGGCCCGCCCCCCCUCCCUGCUCCUCCGCCACCUGUCCCGUAUGGGGGUGGUGGCGCUGCUCUGGUGGGGCUGUCGGAGGGUCCUGACCCUGCUGGAGGACGCAGCAGGAACCUGUUAUGAACCUGUUAGGACUCCUACCCAGGACAUCCUAAGCCCCGCCCCCUCCGUGCCGCCCCUGCUGCUGCUGCACCCAGACCAGACCCGGGCCUCCUGCCUGGGGGCCGGCAUGCUGUGGCGAGGCCACCAGGUGUCCCAGGACGUCCUCAUCGUCUGCCUGUGCUGCCUGCUGCUGGUGGAGGAGACGUCUGUCUUUGGGCUCCACCUGGCUCAGACCAGGUCUCAGACCAGGUCUCCUGGUUCUCCUGGUGCCCCUCUAAGACUCCUCUUCCUGCUCUGUGUGGCUCUGCUGGCUGUUUGGAUCUUCCUGCUGCUGUGUCUGCUGGCACACUUCCCCGAGUUCCCCUCCCAGCAGCUGGGGGGCGCUCUGGGCUACCUGGGCUGGAGAGGACUCUAUCAGGGCUGGUUCAGACUCAGACUGAGCUGGGCUGGUCCUGCUCUGCCUGGAGAGGGACUUCUCACCACCUUAGAUGGACAAUAA